AUGUCGCAGUCCACAUUAACCAAAAUAAUUCCAGAAAAGUGUGAAGCGAUUUAUAAAGCGCUGAAGCAGGAAUAUCUAAAGGUGCUGAUGUGCGACAACCUGUCGCUGCCGUUCCGGGACGAGAGCUUCGACGCGGUGCUGUCGGUGGCCGUGGUGCACCACUUCGCCACCACGGAGCGCCGCGUGGGGGCGCUGCGCGAACUGGCGCGCGUGCUGCGCAUCGGCGGCCGCCUGAUCAUCUCCGUCUGGGCCAUGGAGCAGCGCCACCGCAAGUUCGAGUCCCAGGACGUGCUGGUGCCGUGGCACCGGCCGCAGCAGCUGAGCACGCCCUCGCUGGAGCUGACGUCGACGACGACGACGACGACGUCCGAGGAGGAGGAGGGUCCGCCGCCCUACCACGCCUACACGCAGACCUCGGACAGUGACUCCUGCCGGUCGCACAGACUAGACAUCACACCUCGGCGGCGUGGCAGGACUCGGCACAAGGGGCGCUCCAUCGACCCCGCGGCGCCCAGCUCCUCGCCCAGCUCCUCUAGCCUCUCCAGCCCCAACGAGACCUGCUACAGCUUCGUCCGCAGGGCGCUACAGAAGCUGGCAGGCGGCAAGCGCAGCGGCUCGAGCAGCCGGCCCUGGUUCCUGGACUCGUGGAGUUCGUGCACCAAAGAGUCGCCGGCGGGCACGGGCCAGCGCUGCUGCGAGGAGUGUGGGCAGCCGGACUGUGCGGGGGCGAACAACGACGCCGCGGAGGACAUCCAGCCGGAGGUGGCGCCCCAGCGGCGGCAGACGCUGGCCUGCGCGCGCCGCCCCCACCUCGCGGCCUCCGGAGCCCUCGCCCACCUAUCGCCGCCCCCGCAGCUCAACUACAAGUCCAAGAGCCUCAGCGACAUCCUCACCGUGGGGCAGCGCGGCAUCGUCAGGUCGCGGUCGAGCGUGCCCAGCCUGGCGGCGGGCGACUGCGCGCUGUCGCUGUCGCUGCCCGCGGGCGGCGGGCGGGCUUCCCUGGCCAAGCCGCGUCUCGUCAAGCAGAAGCAGUCGCUGUGCGACGACGAGGCGCGCGAGGAGGCCGAGGAGGGCGAGGACCCCAGCGACCUGCGCGACCUCGUCAAGGCUCUGCCCGAGUUCAAGGUGUCGGCGGGCGGGGUGCGGCGCUGCGGGAACGUGUUCAAGCAGAGCUCGAUGAACGAGGAGCUGAUGAUGUCGACGGAGCGGCUGCGCGAGAAGGAGCGCGUGCGCCAGAACAUCCAGAAGCAGGCGUCGCUCAACGAGGAGCUCAUCUACCGCCGCCACCGCACGCUCGACUCGCUGCGCGACACCUUCUUCUCCACGUCCACCGCCAAGCGCUUCCAGCUGCUCAAGAACGGCCUCACCAGCAAGAUCAAGAGCUCCACCACCGGCAUCGAGAAGGUGGCCGGGUCGUCCUUCAAGAACGGCUUCGUGCGGAUCCUGCAAGGCUGGAAGGGCGGCGAAGCGGCCGCGGGGGCGCAGCCGCCACCCUCCCCCACGCCCGCCUCCGGCUCUUCCUUCGACGCGCUGUCGCCUCGCACGCCGCCCCCGGACUCGAAGAAGGUAGGCGUCCACAUGGGCGGCGUGAACAACAGCAACUGCUGCGAGGCGUCCAGCCGGCCGGGCGAGCGGCGGCACUCCAGGGAGGACGGCUCCGACUCGUCCAAAGACUCCAGCCUGCAGAGCGACACCAGCGUCGACUCGGAGGACAGCUUCGCGUCCGUCAUCUACGUGCCCAAGUCUGACCAGCAGCAGCAGCCGGAGGCGAGCCACAGCACUUCCCCGCUGAGCCUGCAGCAGCAGCAGCAGCAGCUGUCGCCGCCCAAGUCCCCACAGCCCGCCUCCCCCAAGCUGCGGAACGCCUCCGCGUCGCCGCCCAGCCCGGAGCCGUCUCCGCCGCCGCUGUCGACGCCACCCCCGGCGCCGUCGUUCCUCGCGCCGCCGCUGACGCCGCCGCCGUCGCCGCGCCUGCCGCCCCCGCAGCCACAGCCGCCCCCGCAGCCGCCGGUCGCCGUUUCUGUGUCCGUGGAGCCUCCGGAGGACGAACCGCCGCCUCUGCCGCCCCCGGAAGGCGCCACCUCGACGGCCACCGCCCCCGUCGCCCCCGAACCCCCCGCCGCCCCGGCGCCUUCCACCAGCCCGGCUACCCCUGCCGCCCCCGCCGUCACGCCGGAAGCCGAAGCUGACGCCGAAGCGGAGGCAGAACUCAAGAAGCAGCGCCUGCGGCAGGUGCAGGAGAUGCUCCGGACGCGAAUCACGCCUCUGGCGUCGCGAUCAUCAGGCGGGGGCUCGUCGCGGCCCAUGUUCCCGCUGGUGCGGCGAUCGUCGACGGCGGGCACUGGGGCCAGGCCGGAGCCGCUGGCGCGCCCGCUGCCUCGCCUACUCUCGCUGGAGCUCUUCAACCCAGAGACGGACGACAUGGACAGCGACUCCAGCGGCGUCUCCUCCCCGGACUCCGUGAGCUCCGUCAUCAGCGUCCUCACCGAGGAACCCGCCCAGCCGGCAGACGAUGCAGCAGGGGCGGUGCGCAGCAGCGCCGACAGUGCGCCCGCCACAUCCGACGUGCAUCCUCACCCCCGCACACCGUCGCCGCCCCCGCCGGCGCCCACGCUCCAGCCACCGCCAGCGCCGCCGCCUACACGCCCCGCAGAGGACGAGCUGGCGGCCCCCGUGCCGGCCGCAGUCGCCUCCCCGUCAUCGCUGAGCCUGCUGGAGGCUGCGGCGGACGUGGCCAGCUCGCUGGAAGACGCGGUCGACGCCGUCAUCCAGUCGAGCCCGCGCGCGCGCCGCCGCAAGCUCCACGACCCGCUGGCGCUGAUCCACGGCUGGGGCGGCGCCGGCGGCAGCGGGGGCGGCAGCAGCGCCACCGGCAGCCGCCGCGUCAGCCCCCGGCGCGAGGCACCUUCCGCCCCCGCCGCCACCGCUCCCACCCCCGGCUGGCCGGCGGAGGGCGGCGACGAGAGCUGCCGGCAGCACCUGGCGGACUUCGCGGAGAAGCUGAGCGAGAAGCUGCUCGAGGAGAUCGACCAGUACCGCGCCGAACGCAGCCGACCCGCGUCUCCACCCCCGCCGCUACCCCCGCGGCCGGGAUCUCCGCCCCCACCGCCGCCCCCGGUGGAGGCGUUCCUGCCGCCUGGCGCGGCCGCCUACAGGGACGACCCCUACCUGUCGCGGCUCAGCGAGGAGCUGCACGACCUCAGCCGGCUCAGCGAAGAGUUACACGAGCGCAACUCCUUCAUCGCCAGCCUCAACGAGAGCUGCGACCGGAGGAUCCUCGAAGAUCUGAAGAACUUCAGCUGGGAGGCGAGCAGGCGGCACCGCUCCGCCCUCUCCGAGACCGCGACACUCGCGGGCACCCCGGAGGCCGACGGGCGGCGAGAGGGCGCCGCGCCGGAACCGGAGACCCGGCGCCGCGACGGCGGACCCGUCUCCGAGGACGUGGCGCUCGAGUCCUACUCGAGACAGACGAGCGCCGACCUGACGGACGAGCUGGAGGACGAGGAGGAGGAAGUGUCCCUGCCUCCCCCGCAGCACCCGCCUCCUCCACCGCCGCCGCCCCCGCAGUUGCGCUCCGGCCUCUCUCUCGAGUCGAGCAGCGACGCGAGUGACGGGCUGCCCACGGCGAGCACCGCGUCGCUCAGUGACGGCAGCGGGGGCAGGGGGCGUGUCGGGGGAGCGUCUUCGUCCGAGGAAGCGCUGCCGCCCCCGCCGCCCCCGGAAGACCUCCCGAAGACGGAGUCGUGCGCCUCGUCGUUGAGCGGCUCCACGUCACAAGAGUCGCUGCCGUCGGACGGCGGGGGCGCCAUCACCUUCCACCGCUACUACCACGUGUUCCGCGAGGGCGAGUUGGACCAGCUCAUCGAGCGAUACGUCGAAAACUUGCACAUCAUCUCGUCCUAUUACGACCACGCCAACUGGUGUGUAGUGGCGGAGAAGGUCCAGGUGUGGACUAUCUGA